AUGCAGAUCUUCAAGCCACUGCUGGCAGCUCUGACGCUGCUGGCUUGCGGCGCCAGCGCCACGCCCACAUCCCUUUCGGCUGAGAGCCUGGAGCACCUCCAAAACCUGUCGCCCUUCCAGCGUCGCCAGCUGCUCGAGCACCUCGUCGAGAUCCGCGAGGCCCAGCUGCAAAAGCGCAGCUCUCCCACCGGCUCCUACGCACCCGGCAACGUAAAGUGCCCCGCCACCACCUCGCAGCAGUCGCCCGGCCUGAUCCGCGACGCCUCCAAGAAGCGCCUCAACCAGGGCGAGCGCGACUACAUCCAGCGCCACCGCGAGAGCCGCAAGCAGGACUGGAUCGACUGGCUCACCAACAGCGCCAAGCUCGGCGGUCAGGAUGGCGUCCCCGGUGGACUGGCCCAGUACGCCGACAACGUCGACAACCUGCCCCGCAUCGGCUUCGCGCUGAGCGGAGGCGGCCUGCGCGCCAUGCUUGUCGGGUCUGGAGUCGCCAUGGGCUUCGACAGCCGGAACCAGACUGCCAAGGACAGGGGCACCGGCGGUCUGCUCCAGCUGGCCGACUAUGUCUCGGGCCUCUCGGGAGGGUCCUGGGCCACCAGCACCCUGGCCAUGAACGACUGGCCCACCGCCCAGACGCUCAACGACGAGGUGUGGAACCUCGAGAGCAACCUCGUCAUCCCAAAGGACGGCAAGAUCGGCUUCUACACCAACAUUGCCCUCGACGUCAAGAAGAAGCGCGACCUCGACUACGGCACCAGCAUCACCGACUACUUUGGCCUCUCGAUCGCCCAAAAGGUCCUCAACUCGACCUACGAAAACAAGGCCGCCACCACGUGGAGCGACGUGAAAGACACGUCCAACUAUAAAGCCGCGUCCUACCCCUACCCCAUCAUCCUCGCCGACCAGCGCGAGCCCGGCGAGCUCGUCGUCAGCCGCAACACCACAAUCUGGGAGUUCAACCCCAACGAGUUCGGAUCGUGGAACCCCAACGUCGCCGCCUUUGUCCCGAUCGAGAUCGUCGGAUCCAGCCUCGACAACGGCGCCAGCGUCCUGCCCGACGGCCAGUGCGUCGCCGGCUACGAGACCUUGCCCUGGGUCGUCGGCACCUCGGCCACCCUCUUCAGCGGCCUCUACCUCCAGCUCCUCGAGGGACAGACCGACAGCCUCAUCGCCAACGUCAUCAAGGGCAUCGCCGAAGCCGUCUCCAAGGAGCAGAACGACAUCAGCACCGUCCCCAACCCCUUCUACGGCUACAACGAAGGCAACAACGCCGUCGCCAAGCUCAGGAACAUCUCCUUGAUCGACGCUGGGCUGACAGACCUAAAUCUGCCGCUGUGGCCGCUGGUAGAGCCCGCCCGAGGGCUCGACUUUGUCUUCGCCGUCGACUCGAGCGCAGACGUUUCUUCCUGGCCGAACGGCAGCUCGCUCUACCAGUCGAGCCUUCGCGCCAAGGACGAAGUCUACAAGCAGUACCCUCUCCCGGACUUCCCGAGCACCGCGACCUUUGUCAACAGAGGCCUGAACACCCGACCGACGUUCUUCGGCUGCGACGCGGCCGCGGCGACCAACAGCGACACGUCGUUCGACGGGGCCAAGACGCCGAUCAUCGCCUACAUCCCGUCGUACCCGUACACUUCGCUCGCCAACGCUUCGACCUACCAGCUCGAGUACUCUCGCAAGCAGUCGCAGGCGGUGCUCGACAACUCGGUCGACGUCGCCACGCUCGGCGGUGCCGACGACACCUGGGCGACCUGCCUCGGCUGCGCCAUGCUCCAGCGCUCGUUUGAGAGGAACAAGGUGACGCGGCCGGCGGCGUGCGACAGCUGCAUGAAGAAGUGGUGCUGGGACGGCGUCACCAACGACACGGCGCCCGUGCAGGCCUACAGCCCGGCCACGGGCGUGCCCGAGUUUGUCACGAGCCAGGGAUCGAUCCAGAAGGCCCCGGCCUACACGGGCGGUGACGGCAGCAACCCGCAGGCCAGUGAUGGCAACAGCCAGUCCAUCACGGAUUCGUCGGCGGGCGACGCGCAGAAGGUCCACGUUGCGGCCGUCGCGUUCGCCACCCUCCUCGCCGUCGGCGCCGUCCUGCUUUGA